AGACCGUUAUCAGAUUUCACCCAAAAAGUCACGUUUCACAUUAAGAAAUGUGACGUGCAUAGGUUGGAGGAGGGCCCCCCUGAGUCCACAGACCUGACUCGUGACCAGGGCCUGGGCUUGUACCGGUCCAUGCAGACGAUCAGACGCCUGGAGCAGCAGGUGGAUCUUCUCUACAGGCACAAACUAAUCUUGGGUCCCUGCCACUUGUACACAGGACAGGAGGCGUGUGCAGUGGGCGUUGAAGCAGCCAUAGACAGAACAGACCACGUGAUCACCUCGUACAGGGUCCACGGCUUCAGCAUCACCAGACGAGUGUCGCCCAGAGAGAUCCUCACAGAGAUCACCGGUCGUAGAGGCGGCGUGUCCAAAGGCAGAGGAGGACCCAUGCACAUGUACGGUCAAAACUUCUACGGAGGAAACGGCAUCGUGGGGUCACAGAUUCCUCUGGGGGCUGGUGUGGCUCUGGCCUGUCAGUAUCGACGCAACGAUCAGAUCUGUGUAGCAGUGUACGGAGAUGGAGCUGCCAAUCAGGGUCAGGUGUUUGAGACCUUCAACAUGGCCGCCCUUUGGAAACUGCCCAUCGUCUUCGUCUGCGAGAACAACAGAUACGGUAAAGGGACGCAUAUAGAGCGAGCAUCAGCCUCUACGGACUUCUACAAAAAAUCAGACUGCAUCCCCGGACUCAGGGUGGAUGGGAUGGAUGUCCUCUGUGUUCGUGAAGCAUCAAAGUUUGCCAAAGAUCACUGUCAAUCAGGAAAGGGCCCGAUAAUCUUGGAGCUACAGACCUACCGUUUCCAUGGACACUUGACGGCUGAUCAGCACCUGAGUUAUCGGAGUGAGACAGAAGUCCAGGAGUACAGUAAGAAAGACCCCAUACUGAGGCUGGUGGAGCAAAUGGUCCACACAAACAUGGCGUCUGCGCAGGAUUUUGAGGAAAUUGACAUGGAGAUCAGAAAAGAGGUGGAGGAAGCUGCUCAGUUUGCGCUAACAGACCAGGAGCCGCCUCUGGACGAUCUGUGUAAACACAUCUACCACAACAACCCCCCGCUGAAGGUCCGAGGAACUCACCCGUGGGCCACACUGGUCUCCCCCGGCAACAGCUCCCUUUAA